ACAGUCUGGAAAAUCCAAAUCUAAAAAAUAAAUGCUAGCAUAUUUAAUUGAAGGUCUUCAAAAUAUGAACUAAAAGGCAGGUUUAGUGAUUGCGUAUAUCAAAAAAUUAAAACAUCUAGGUAUCUUAAGCGAAUGUGCAAAAUAUAAAAUACAACUAUAAUGUAAGAAAUGAUGCGUCCGGUACGCUUUAUAUUACUUUUGCACAAAAUAACGUUAAUUGAAAAGCCGAAGACACUUAAAAUAUUUUUCUUUUUAUUUUAUGUUUUAGUUUAGAAAACACACGAAGUAACGUGAGACCAGGUCUUUUCAUAGCACUUAUUCAUUUCAACUAAACCAUAUGUUUGAAAUUCUGUAGCUCAUGUUGCGUCUGAGAUUUACGAAGGUUUUGUUAAACAUGACUUGCGGCGAUUUCUGUUUUACUUGGAAAAAACUCCUGAUACUUUGUUUAUAUUGCAGCGCUGGUUUCUUUUUUACGAGCCAUUUAAUGCUUAAUAUUUAAGGUACUGCUAACAAUAUUUAAAAAAAUCCCGAAGUAUUAUUGAGAUAGAGAAAGGGAAACACAAGAUGAUGUUUAAAUACGUUAUACGUUUAUAUUACAGUGUUGGUCUACAGAGUAGAAUAAAACAAGUUGUUGUAUUAUCAUCAUUUCAGUCAUUUACGUAUGUAUUUCAUUUUGCCCUUCUAUUAUACUAAUUUAUAAAAAGAUUGAAUGUAGCAAAAACUUGAUGAAAACCUAUAUGACCGAGCGAAAAGAUGUGUUUUAUGUACUUUGAAACAUGUCUUUACGGCUUAAUGAACAACCCAGUUUACUUUAUCUCGACAGAUGACAAACUGCUUUUAAAUAAAUAUUAGUUUGUUUAUACAUCACAGUGUUCAGGUAUACGACAAAUCCUGCCUUAAAGUAAUACACAGUUCAGAACUGAACGUCAAAGGAAAUACAAAAACAUCAUGCAAACGAACAAGAAUAGUACAUGGAUUUUGUGUUUCGCCCUGUUGUGCAUUUCUCAGCUGACAGUCGGAACAAGUGUAGCAACGAGUACAGAACCCACGGCUGGUCAAGAUACCUGUAAAGUUUCUUUAAAAGAACACCAAGGAGAUUCAGAUAUCUCACCUUCUAUACCAAAGAGUCACGUGGCUUUGUUACUCCUACUUGGGUUUGGCGGGUUCUCACUUGUUAUUGCCGGUGGUUAUAAGUCGAUCAGGAAGUACAUCUUUAAGGAUGAUCAACAACUCGACACAGUGUUUGACGCCGGAGGUCGCGUGAGCUUCAGUCUUACCGCGGUUACUGUGACGUCACAACUGUUAUGGCCGGCCGACUUUCUGCAAAGUUCAACACUCACCAGCAAGUCAGGUCUAGGCGGAAGUCUAUGGAUGGCGAUUGGUAUUGUGAUAGACAUUCUACUGUUCCCUACUCUCUCCCUUUACCUGAAAACAAGAGCACCAGGAGCCAAAACGUUCCCGCAGAUAGCGUACGCUAGGUUUGGUAAAGCUGCACAUAUUUUGUUCUGUAUUCUCGCACUGUUAGCCAACUUGAUAACAACCACUAGCAUGCUGCUGGCAGGAAAGUCGACUCUCAAAGUUCUCGGCAAAGACACCAAUAACGAGUUCAUUUUUCUCAUCCUGGCAGUCUUGUUCGGCUCUUAUUGCAUGAUCGGAGGUCUUGGAACUACUUUUUACAUCUCGUAUUUCAACACGGCCUUGACAUUUAUUACUGUUACAGUUUUCGUUUUAUACACGAGUUAUUACCCAUCUGAUGAUAUGAAGGAUGUUUCCUCUAUGGAAGCGCUGUAUAAUGCCGCAUCAUGUCUCGAAGCACCGGAAGGUAACUACGGAAACUCAUUUCUGACAUUCAGAACAUCUUCCGGUGUGAUUUAUGGAGUAGUUCUAAUGUUCAUGGCAACUUCCAUCAGCUUUUGCGAUCAAGCAAACUGGCAAAGCAGAAUAGCGGCAAAGCCAACACAGGGCGUGUUAGGAUUCUUUCUUGCGGCCUACAUGUGGUUUGUUAUACCUACAGCACUGUCAUUUACUGCAACGAUGACCUAUUUCUCCCUCAGCGCUCAGAAUGGAUCACAUAUUCUUACCGGAGCAGAAAUUGACAACGGUUACAUAACACCAUACGUGAUGAACGACCUGCUGGGACAAACAGGUGGAUACUUACUGUUGACAAUGUUGAUGAUGUCUCUUAUGUCAACUGGCUCAGGCGAGGUGAUGGCCGUAUCUUCCAUUAUUGUAUAUGACAUUUACAAGACGUACAUUAACCCCUUCAGGAAAGGACUGACACCAACAGGUUGUAUAUUGUGUGGCAAGGAGAAGUUACUGGACCUUUGCAGAGACCACAGUAAUCUCUGUCAAUGUCCAACCUCUAUUGAUUGCAAGGCAUGUGAACUAGAUAUAUCUAACCGUGCUACGCAAGGCAUUGACAAUGUGCAGUAUGCAUGUACGGUGCACGGCAGAUACAGGCAAUAUGAAGAUGGCCUAAUGAGAUACAAGAGCUGGUGUAUGGUAUGGGUGGUAGUGUGCAUCGUGCCAUAUGGUUUACUGGUGUCUGAAACAGGCAUGAACGUGAAUUGGGCAACUUUAGGAACUCAAGUACUUACCAGCCCCUUCCUCUGGCCACUUUUCCUGACGAUCACAUGGUCAAAGGCUACUUCACAAGGAGUGAUUGCGGGAGGAAUAAUUGGAACAGCAUGUUCUAUCACUGGGAUGCUGGUGAUGGGAUCAACUUAUGAAGAUGGGCUCAGCAAUUUUUACGUAAAUACUGCGGAAUCUUACAGCCUCCUCACCGCUAUGGUGAGUGGAUUUGUUGUGAGCUGUGUGGUAAGUGUUGGAGUCUCCCUGUGCACACAUAAGAUCAAUUCUGAAGCUGAUGUGGAAAGAGAAUGGGCAAAGACCAUUAAUAUAGAUAAUCCCCUCAAUCCGUUCCGUCAGGUAUAUGAGGAAGAGUUGAAAGAAGUUGAUGCCGGAACUCUGAUCACAGCAAAAACAAUGGACACUGUUUUCAGAAAAGCAAGGAUAUAUGCCGCUGUCGGUGGUGUUAUCAGCUUGAUUAUUUUCCUGGUUAUUAUUCCAGCAAUUGCAUUGAGUUUUGAGGUUCUUAAUUUCGACCAGUUCUCUACAUGGAUGAAAACGUUUCAGAUAUACUGUUUCAUAUGUACAUUUAUCGUGGUUGUGCUUCCCCCAGUCGAGGAGUGUCUACAGAUAUGGCGAAGGUUCAAGAGAAAUGAGUCUGCAAGUACUGAACACAAGGACCCGAAAUCUAGCGUCGGCAAUGUUUCCAAUUUACUUCACUCGGAAAAAUUAUAAGAUGACUUUUGUUUGUAUAGAUGGAUUAUGGCAUGUCAAAGCUUGCUUAACAAUACAUCUGUGUUAUUAUUAUUGUAUGAUCGUUUUUGUAAUUCAAAGUUUCUUAUGGUAUAUAGUUAUAGUUGUGUGUCCUAUCAUUGUUACUUUAUCGACAUAACGACAGAUAAGAAAACUGUUCACCCGCCAAAGAAAAACGAUAUUUUCUAAUUUGUCAUUUUGACCUUCUAGAGUUUCAACAUAUUUUAUUCAAGCAAUUCUGAAACAUUAACAAAACGAUACUCAAAGAAUUGGACAAAAAAUACUUAUACGUUUGUUCUUUCUCUUUCAUCCUGCAACAAAAACAGAAUGCCAAAAUAAUAAAAAGAAAUGAUAUUUUAUCAUUAUGGCAAAGGCUACUGAACAUUAAAUAAUACAAUGACAAGAAAAUGACGAUAGUACGACAUGUUCUAAUUCGUCGUUGUGUAAUUCUGAUGCGCCUGAAGAUGAAAGUGUUUAGAUGCCGAGAUCGGCGUGUACUUAAGCAUUGUUCCUUCCAUCGUUUUCUUUGGUGGGGAUGACAGAAUAUAAACAAAGCAAUCAUAAAGACUGAAAAUGUUAUUCUUUAAAGUUUCGCGGGGGCAACACGAUUACACGACGGAAAAAGAAACAAUUCGUUCUGUCCAUUUGGCGCGAGCAACAUAAAAGACAGUAGAAAAGUGGCAGAAAUCAGCCACCAUACAUUUUGUGUUGCCUCGGCACUCGGAGUAAACGCGGUUUACUGAGCCAGUGAAAAACUGUUACAAAGAGGAAAUUCAUAAGGAUAAAGAUGGCAACAUAAGAAUAACAAUAACAAUGUUAACAAUGUGGAUAACAAUACAUUAGAUACCAAAAACGAAUAUAAUAAUAACAGUAUAGAAGAAUAAUGACUAGCAAUGUUUUGACUGGUAAUAAUGGACAUUUCAAAUAUUAUUAAUGGCGUAUAUGUAUACUUUGGACUAUAUAGUCCCGAAAAUACGAACAUAUGCAAUUCAAUUUGAUUAAUUUUUACAUUCUGGCUGGUGUUUGUUACUGAUAUAUCAUUAAAGGGUAUAAAUAAUACGAAAUAAACAUUAUUUUAAAUAAGUUCGCAUUUUAGUCACCAGUAGAUUCGCGGUGUUUCGUCCCCAAAUAUUCACGUACCGGCGCACGAUUUCUUCCCGGAUAGUUAUACUAUAGCGGGCUUCCGAAGACUGCAAUGAAAUCAUCUGAGAUAAUUCAAACUUAUUUGGACAAUUUUCGAUUUUCAAUAUUUGCAUUUUUAACAAAAACGCGAAUGUAUUAUGAGGCAUAUUAAUAAUUAGGCCUAAAAAAUUCUUUAUUUCCGGUAACAUGCUAAAAAUAAUUAGGGUAGAUCGGUCGGAAUUUUUUUGGCGGUGGGGGGGGGGG